AUGGAUUUGGCAGCGUGUUUAAGGUUUCUUCCGUCUGUUGCGGGAUUGCUUGCCAAGGUGCACGCUAUUGAAAUGCCGCUGCCAAAGUCUCCCCAAUACGUGCCGCUGAUCCGCUCUUGGUUGCACAAAUGCCGCAACAAUGUAGCUCUACCGAUACAUUUAGAAAGAGUGGCAAUACAUGAUGAAGUUGAGUUUCCCAGUAUUCUUACAAUAGACCAACUUGAACGCGAAUUUGAAGAAAUCAAAGAUUUUUUGAGCACGCAAGAAGAAAGUCCUUCAGUGUUUUGUCACGGUGACCUCGUGCCUUCAAACGUUCUCCUAAGGGACGUCAUUGAGAACGGUUUGGAUGAACGAGCUUCAGUAGACGAUAAACGCUUGGUUCUGAUAGACUUCGAAUUCGGCUUCUACAAUUAUCGGUAG